AUGACAGAGCCAGUCGGUGAAAUGUCGGCUAGAGCUGGUGGCACUGGUGGCUACAACCGAGAGGAAGAGGGUGUCAAUGUUUCUCAUGUCUUGUCUGACGAUCUGGAUGCUGUCGUUGGUGGGAUGAGCUUUGCGGAUGGCGACAGCCGCCAUGACCUGCAGUUAGGCGAUUCAAGUGAGAACGGAAAAGCCGGCAAGAAAAAAGGAGCGGGCUUUGAGGAGGCAGAGGACGGUGAGGGCAUUGUGGAAGGGGGCGCUGACAGCAACGCGGUUGAAGAGUCUGUGAAAAGGACGGUGAAAAGCAUCCUAAAUGUGUUGAUACCGUACGGCGGCAUGCUGUCGACUGGCUUUAACCUUGCGUCAACGUCGAUUGGCGCGGGUAUCCUGGGUCUGCCCGCCGCGUUCAACAACGCCGGCACUAUCAUGGCAACCAUUUACAUUGUUCUCAUUACAGCGGAGACGGUGUACUCGAUGCGUUUGCUAGCUCAAGUAGCUGACAAGACGGGGCUGCGUUCGUUCGAGGAGAUGGGGAAAUACUUGCUGCACCCACACGCUGACGUUGUCGUUGCGAUCACCCGUGCAUUACACACGUACGGUGGCUCGGUAGCUUAUGUGGUAACGAUUGGUGACUUGCUGAAGCCAAUCUUGUCGUCGAUAUCGGGGACGCCGGAGUUCUUGCUUGAAGCGACAGGCCGAAAGCUGUUGCAGACGGCAUUCUGGCUGGUGUUCAUGUUCCCACUGAUCUUUGCGCGGAGCUUCAACUCACUGCGCUUCGUGUCCGCGACCGGCAUUCUUUUCAUCGUGUUCUUCUCUCUUGUUGUGAUUGUGCACUGUGGGAUGUACGGUCUGAAGGCCGAACCACGCGCCAAGACGACAUUGUUCAACACUGGCAACGAAGCAACGAAUGUAGUGGGCGUGUUUGUGUUCAGUUACAUGUGCCAGAUCGCCGCACUGGAGCUGUACUGGGAGAUGCGGAAGCGCAAUACGCGGGACUUCACGCUAUGCGCCGCGGUGAGCAUGACCGUCUGUGGCGUGCUAUACUUCCUCACUGGGCUCUUUGGCUACCUGGACUUUGGCACUCAAGUCAAGGGCUCGGUGCUGCUGCACUACAACCCAAUUGAGGAGCCGCAGGUGUUUGUUAGCUACAUCGGCAUCUUCAUCAAGAUCUGCGCCUCCUUCGGUUUACUCAACAAUGCCUGCCGCUGCGCUCUCUUUCCUGUCUUUGGGUGGGACCCAAAGACGGCCCCGUACUGGAAGCACGCAGCUGCCGCCGUGAUCAUCGCGUUGGUGGCCUUUGUGCUCGGCAUCUUUGUUCCCAACAUUAACGUGGUCUUCAGUCUCACGGGCUCACUAGCGGGUGGCCUCGUUGGCUUCAUCUUGCCUGCCCUGUACAUGAUGUACUCUGGGAACUGGACACUGCGCUCUGUUGGCAUCGUCAACUAUGUUUCCACCUACUUGGUGCUCAUCGCGGGCGUUGUCGCACUCGUUUUCGGCACGGCCGGCACCAUCUGGAGCCUUGCAGGUUAA